CGCUUCUUUUUUGGCAUCGAUGGACACGCAUCGCUUUCUCAGUUUUUUCCUUUUUCCAAGCACACAAUUUCCACGAGUUGAAAAGCAAAAACAACGUGCUUUGCAACUAUUCUGAAAAUCAAACAGAAAAUAUCUCAUCGUCAAACCAUUCAUCCACCAUGUCUUCUGAAGAGGUCAAAGAGGUCCCCGUCGCAACGCCUGAAGCUGAGGUUCCAAUGAAAGAUCAGGAGAAGAUCGGAGCCAAGUGCUGUAAGUCUGGUCGUUGUUGUCGUGAUAAAUAAACGGACUCCUGCAUCGUCUGAUCGCGUCUCGUAGCAAUGAAUACACUCACCUAGUUGCUGUUAUCGUUUUGCUGUGCUUGCACGCGAACAAUGCUCCUUCGUACUCAUCGCAUCAACAACAUCACGUUCGUCUCUCUCUCUCUCUCUCUCUGGCGUAAUGGGAACCUCAUUAUGUCCAGGUGGAUGUUGCUGUGACUACCGCCGUGCUGUAAGUGAAGCAAGAGCAAAACGUUGCAGGCAAAGCCGAAUUUCACGUGUUACAAACUUGCAACAACCGAUCUAAUGAGUGGCGAUGGCCUUUUUCCUCUCUUGUUUUCAACAGACUAUCGUGUUUGGUAUCCUCAAUUUGAUUAGUAGCGUCUGGGGAGUCGUUCUUGCGAUCGGGUUGUUGACCGGUGGAGCCCUGAUUGGGUCAGACGGAGUUGAAGAGUGGGAAGAUGAGGCCGGAUCCGCCAGCUUGUAUAUUCUUGGUGGCAUUUUGAUGUUUGUUUCGGUCUGCGGCGUCGGCUUUUACAGCUUCCAGAUUCAUGCCGCCAAAAAGUUCAACGUUUGUGGACUCAAGUUGGUCAUCGCCUGGGAUAUCUUCACGAUCUGUUUCAGAAUCGCUGAGUUGAUUAUCCAGCAGCAACACUCUGGCGAUGUAGGAGUUAUGAUCAACAACCUCUUCUGGACUGUCGCAAUUUACGGACUUAGCCUUUAUCCCAUUGUAGGCUUGGUCUUUGAAAUCCAGAAAGGCAUUAUGAGCGAAGAAACCUACCCACGCGAAGCCUACAGCUGCUGCUGCGAGCCCAAGGUCUAAUGCGACUGGAACGCGUCAACGUCGUCAAC